UCUCCCCAAGCUAUGACGUCAAAUAUAGAAAUUGACUCGGUCCUCUGGGCACAAGAAGAAGCUGAGGAUCAACGCUUGCUUGCAGAGUCUCGUCGCAUCCAGCAGGGGAAACACCAGUACUCGUGUGUUAAAGACAAUGAGACGACACCUUGGCUCAAGCACACAAAGUGGCCAGUUCUGUUUCAGGAACGACCUCUUGAUAUCUUGACAGCCUCGACUUUGCAGCCGGCAGCACGAUGUAGCGACGACUACUACCUUGGACGCUGGUCAGGCACUCCCUUUACUAGUCCCGCAGCGAAUGAAGCUAAGCUCCGGGUGUUAAUGCGUGGUGUUGAUCAAAUGUUCGUUUGUGCAGAAGAGACGCUCAGGCAUACCAACUACCGCCUACGGUGCUGGCUCCAGACCUACCAUCAGCGCCAUUUUCGACCUAUAGCCUUUGACAAUGUCCAAACCACCCGGAGUCGAAUUGGCUACAUCUCGAUAUGGAAGCAUUUCAUCUGCUAUAUUUUCCGGGAUGGGCAACAGAUGAGCGCUUGCGGGAAGAGAUCUAUGGUGUGA